CGCAGCGCUACAACAAGAGCGGCUUUCGGGCUUUUGUUUAGUGGAUGUGAAUGAGCUCCAUCACCUCCUUCAGAAAUGUGGACGGAUAUAAGGACAUUGCUACUUUUUCAUUCGUUAGUCCUGAGGCUUCAUUUCUCGGAAGCCACGGAUGAGUGUGAGGAUGGACAGUUUCAGUGCCACAAUAAAAGGUGUAUUCCCACCAUCUGGAGAUGCGACGACGAUGAUGACUGCUCGGACAACAGUGAUGAAGAAAACUGUCCCAGGAAGACAUGUGCCCCUGCAGAGUUCGCCUGCUUAAAUGGCCAGUGUGUCCCGGGACGUUGGCGGUGCGACGGGGAACCAGAGUGUCCCGAUGGCUCUGAUGAGGCGGAGGAGACGUGCAGCAAACAGACGUGCCCUCCAGAGAAAUUUGACUGUGGGGGAUCCACCAACAAGUGUGUCUCGUUGUCAUGGAGAUGUGAUGGGGAGAAGGAUUGCGAAAACGGGGCGGACGAGGAGGACUGCGCCUCUGAUGCCAAAGCCUGCCCCAGCGGAGAGUUCAUGUGCGCCAACCGCAAGUGCUUGGCCACCGUCCACGUGUGCGACGGCGACGACGACUGCGGCGACGGCAGCGACGAGCUGAAGUGUGCGUCCCCGCUGACCUGCGGACCCAACCACCUCCGCUGCAACACGUCGGAGUGCGUGCCGCUCAUGUGGAGCUGCGACGGAGACCCCGACUGCUCCGACAGCUCCGACGAGGGGCCGGAGCGCUGCGGCAGCGACGGGGUCCCGUACCUGCCCAACCGCAAGAUGAACUGCACCGCCGGGGAGUUCCGCUGCGCCAACGGGGAGUGUAUCCGGCUCACAUGGAAGUGUGACGGAGAUCCAGACUGCAAGGACAAGUCUGAUGAGUCGGACUGCCCCCUGUUGACGUGUCGUCCUGAUGAGUUCCAGUGCGGUGAUGGCUCCUGCAUCCACGGCACCAAGCAGUGUAACAAGGUGCACGACUGUCCUGACCACAGCGAUGAAUCUGGCUGCGUCAACGCUACCAAAUGUGAGGGACCCCUGAAGUUCCUGUGCAAGAACGGAGAGUGCAUCGAUAGCUCCAAGGUGUGUGACUCUGUCAAGGACUGCAAGGACCGCUCAGAUGAGCCCAAGAAGGAGUGCGGGCUCAACGAGUGUAUGAUCAACAACGGCGGCUGCUCCCACGUCUGCAUGGACCGACCAAUCGGCUUUGAGUGCCAGUGCCCCACUGGCUACCAGCUGCUGGACAAAAAGACCUGCGGUGACAUUGAUGAGUGUGAGAACCCUGAUGCUUGUAGCCAGAUCUGCAUCAACUACAAGGGUGAUUUUAAAUGUGAAUGCUAUGAAGGUUAUGAGAUGGACCCUGUUACUAAGACCUGCAAGGCAGAAGGCAAGAGCCCUUACCUGCUGUUCACCAACCGGCACGAGAUCCGACGCAUCGACCUGGUGAAGAGGGACUACAGCCAGGUGGUGUCCACCCAGAAGAACGCUGUGGCUCUGGACCUGGACGUAGCCAACAACCGUAUCUUCUGGUGUGAUCGCUUUCACCGGAAAAUCUACAGUGCCUUCAUCCACGAGGCCAGCGACCCGUCCCAGCAGGUGCCGCUGCUGGAUUCUCUCCUGCAGACCCCCGUGGGUCUGGCUCUGGACUGGCUCCAACACAACCUGUACUGGACCGACUCAGGGGACAAAUCCAUCUCUGUGGCUUCAGUGGACGCCACGAAGAGACGAGUCCUCAUCAACACGGACCUGAGUGAACCCCGAGCCAUAGCGCUGGAUCCUCACCACGGCUUCAUGUACUGGUCGGACUGGGGCACGCGAGCCAAGAUAGAGAAGGCCGGGAUGAAUGGAGUGGACCGACAGGUGCUGGUGGCUGAUAACAUUGAAUGGCCCAAUGGCAUCACUCUAGAUGUAGCCAACAGGCGUCUGUACUGGGUGGACUCUAAGCUUCACCUCAUAGCCAGCGUGGAUCUGAACGGAGCUCACCGCAGAACACACAUGUCGUCUGCAGAGCGGCUGGGACACCCGUACGCUCUGGCUGUCUUCGAGGAUCGUAUCUACUGGACAGACCGAGACAAGUCGGCCGUCUUCAUGGCCAACAGGCUGAGCGGUCAAGACAUCCACACUCUGGCUGAAAACCUCAACGACCCCCACGACAUCGUGGUCUUCCACCAGCUGCGCCAGCCACAAGGCCCAGACAGCUGUAAUCUGGGCAGCGUGGCCAAUGGAGGCUGCGACUACUUGUGUCUAAAGGCUCCACAGAUUACCGAACACUCGCCCAAAUACACCUGCGCCUGCCCCGACGGCCAGGACCUGGGGCCCGAUAUGAGAGGCUGCGUGCCAGCAGCACCAAGAAACGACACCACCCCCUCACCCCCACCUCCCAGUGGCUUUACACCUGAGCCCAGAGCGACUGUAGCAGAAGACUUCCCGCCGCCCUCGGGGGGAGUGUCGCAGGCGGACGCCACCCCUCACGUAACCACGGCGCCCUCCGGGGCCCCCGAGCCCCUCACACCCCUCUCCACUCUGAAGCCUCUGUCGUCACAGGAGUCAAAGGCCCUCGGCUCCCACUACACCGCCACCGCCAUGGUCAUCUCCACCACACCUGCAGGGGACAGCAGCGUCUCUCAACACUCUGGAAGCGAGCAUUUCCUCCUGGGCGAGAACCUGACAGUGGCUGUUUUGGGAGUGGUCAUCCCCAUCGUUCCUAUCGUUGCCACAGUGGUGUUCGGCCUGGUGUGCGCCGGAGUCUACCUGGUGUGGCGCAACUGGCGGCGCAACUCCACCAAGAGCAUGAACUUCGACAACCCCGUCUACCGCAAGACCACCGGCGAGGGCGAGGAGGACGAGAUCCACAUCGGGAGGACCGACGCCAUGGGACACCACGCGCACCACCACCCGUACCCUCAGGGCGUCAACAUGGGAGUGGUCGGAGCAGGGGGCGGGACCUGCCCGCAGUUCAUCGCCCUGCCACUGGGGGGCAGCAUGCCCGACCCGGGGACUCACUGGUACACGGAGCAGCCCAUGCUCUCCACCGCUAAGUGACUCAGCAGAGUGGAUUCAGGGGAAGAUGGCCGCUCAGGCACACGCACACACAGCGAGGUCGGGGGGGACUUAGACUGAGUUUAGCAGAAGGUACGAAAACAACAUAUCAUCAAGUGUUACAUGCAGCCGUUCACAGCCACGUUCCUGUGCCGAUCUCCAUUUGAAAAACAGUCCAAUUAACAACAUGAUUCUUUAAAAAACCUAAAAAAAAAUAAAAUGUCACACCUUUCCUGUGCUGGAGCUGGAUCUACUUUUUUUCUCCAGUAAAAAUGGAAAGAAUUAAUUACAGAGUUGUUAAUGUGUCGUAAUGUGUUCCCAACAUUGACCUGAACUGGGAUAUGGAGUCAGACUGGUUUCCUCUUUUCUGAGUGUUUUGCAUCGAGUGACGUGUGUGUCUUCUAUAUUUUGUGACGGGGCUGGUGAGGAGGUUUCUGUUUCAUCCUUGAUGUUUUAAUUUGGGCUUUGUGUUAUUCCUGGUGGGCCGUGGAGCUCUGGGAACUCUGUUUAGGGAGGAGGAGCUCUGAAACUGGGACAGCUACUGCGUUGAUGGGACAAUCUGUACAGAUUCAUGUCAGAAUCAGUCACAAAGGUCAUACAUGUCAUUAUGGGGCUGUCUUUGGUAGUUUUCCUGCAUAGGGUUUAUGUUGUAAGAUUUUCCACACACAUUUAUGUAAGGGCGUCUAACAUUUCAGUUUUUAUUUGACCUCCAAGAAGUUUUAGGAGAGAGCAGCAGGUUUGAGAGAAGAAACUGGAGACGUGUUGUUAUAGAGGGAAGUGUUUUUUUCUUAUUGUGACUUCUUUAGAUGUUUAAUGGUUUGAGAAAAGCAAUAGACUCCAGCUGUUAGUCAGGCUGCAGUGUUACGUGGUUGACAAAAAUCCUCGAGUGUUAGGAAUUUUAUUUGAUCACCCGCUUUUAACUGUGACAAACGUGCACACGAAUACAGACACGGGAGUGCAGUGAUAGUGAACUCACGCUGUUCUCCAGAGGACCGAGACAAUGUGCACUUGCCCUCAGAAAACACAAACAGCAUGCAUAAUUGCUCACCAACUGACAAUGCAGCCAUUCAUUGUUCCAGGCAAGACACACACACACACACACACACAUUGACAAAAGCAUAGCCAUAGCCCGCUCCCCUCCCCCCCUCCUCCAGAGAUGGCCGAUAUCUGAGCAGACAGUUUUGGAGAGCACCAUGUGGGAGGCCCCAGCUGGUGGCUGCAAGAUGAAAAAAGACCCGUCAUGUGAUGUAACCACAGAAAACAAAAAUCUGUCUCUGAUGUAAUGAGGUUUAGAACAACUUGUCCUAUCAGUGAACAUUCUUCACGCUGGUUCAGUCCCGUCGAUAACACUGUUACUCCAUUCACAAACCUUAAAUGUCUGUGUGUGUAUGUGUGUGUGUGUGUGUGUGUGUGUGUGUGUGUGUGUGUGUUCAUUAUUAUGCAUGUGAGUGCUAACGUUCAUCCCACAGCCAUAUUUGAACCGUUUUGUAUGCUCUUUGUUGCACAACCCUCUUAGAAUGCCUUCUGUAUUGUGUAUUGCAUGGAAGAUAACAAGUGUGUGAAGGUGUGUGGAUACACAGGUGUGUAAGUGCGUGUGUGUGUGCGUGUGUGUGCGUGUGUGUGUAUGUGUGUGACACUGGAGAAGCUUUGAGGGUGCUUUUUGAUUCAUUGAUUUGUAAAUAUGUUUUCAUAAGGUUUUUGAUAAUGUAUUAUACAAUUAUGUAAAAGAAAAGAUGUACAUAAGAUUUUAGAUAAAGUGUCGACAGGUAUAUUAAUUUAUUUGUAUAAAAGGAGAGCACUGCAUUCCCUGAUUGUAACAAAUCUGAAUUAUCCACCAAAGUGGUUUGUGUUGUUUCUUGCUGUGCACCAUUUAGCAUCCUUUUUCUGUGCAACCUUUAUUUUCUUUGUUAGCCCACGUAAAUAAACACGGUGACCCCUCCUGAGAAACUCCCACAUCUUUGCAACGCGACCUUAGUGUUAAUGAGAUGAUUGAUUUUUUUGUUUUUUGUUUAUUUGUGCCUUUUUGUUUACUUUUUUCAUUUUCCUGUAGUAUUUUUCAUGAAAAGGACAGGGAUCAGCCAACUACUGUACAUGCAAAGAUAAACUGUAUGAAGACCAAACUGGUUCCACUUUUUGAUUUUCUGUAACGAAUUACUUUUGAAUAUCUCUAUAUAUUGAUAUAUAAAAUCUGACUGAAAAUGUC